GGAAUGUGCUACCAUGCGUGGCUAUUUUAUAUGCCUUUUCAAAAGUAGAUCUGGCCUUUUCCAUCAAAGAGGAGUUUGGUAUAAGAUUAGCCAGAGUUCCCAACCUUGAUAUAUGACUUAGUAACUUUAUAAAGUUGAUAACUCUUUGAGUUUGUUUUUCUCACUGUAAACCUAUAAAAGAUGGCUGUGAAAGAAUCAAAAUGAGUAACAAUGAAGAUAGAAAUGUAGGGUUUUGUACAGACAUUUAAGUUCUGAGAUUGUUUAAGAUAUUAAGGACCUAUAUUCCGUCUUCAGAUGGAAACAAUGAUUAUGGUCAUUUCUUAAAUAUACUUGUCAAACAUAAGCUUAAGGAGUCCUCAUGAAUCAGACUGCUCAUGGGACAAUCAGGCCAGUGAUCACAAUGCCCUAUCAUGAGUAUUCAAAGGGUUUUUUUGUAGUGCCUUUUUUGCCUCCCAAAAGAAAGGAACCCCCCCACAAAGACCUGUUGCCAAAGAGUGUGCCAUCAACAACAUCCCCCUCAUAGUACUAAGCAAAAUCGUAUUUAAGAAAGAAAUGUCCCCCGUGUUCCAUUAUUCUCAGCCUCUUUGUAACUAGAACCUAAGGAAGGAAUGGCAAAUACAUCGCAUGCCUUGGUGAAUUUUGUUCAUUCUGUUCGUCUAUCUGGAUUUAAGAUUUAAUAUGGCUGUAAGAUUUUGAAAUAGCCUUUAUUCCCAAAGAGGGCCAUUGUCUCUCUCUUCUAUGAAUUUAUCUUUAAAUCAUGUCAUAAAAAACACAACUUUAAAACCCCAGGGCAGUAGUGCACACCUUAUGGUCCCCGUUACUCAGGAUGCUGAAAUGGGAUCAUCUGAGCCUAGGAGUCUUGAAACCAGCCUGGGUAACAAUGAGUCCCUGUCCACAAAACACCAUUCAUUUUUGUACACACAGAGCUUUUCCUUCAGCAUAUGAAGGAAAACAUCUAGAAUUAUGAACAUCUAAAAUUAUGUUGGGCACUGGGAAUUCAGUAGUGAUCAAGAAUAGAUGUGGCCCCUACUCUCAAGGACUUCAAGUUGGUUAGCAGAUUUUCUCUAAGAGAAACAGUAUUUUAGGCCAUGUGGCCCACAUGGUCAACUACAAUUUCUCUGUCAUUUUAGCAUGAAAGCAGCCAUAAAUGAUUAGCAAAUGAGCUGUGAAGUUUUAUUUACUUUAUAACAAUUCAGAAAAACAGGUGUUGGUAACCUGAGGGCAAUGUCUGCUGCCUGAUCUAAUGGGAAGUUAAAAAUUAUGCCUGAUCUAAUGGGAAGUUAAAAAUUAAUAGUUGAGUAAGUGUGGAAUCGUACGUGGUAUUGCAAAAGAAUAUUACAAGGUACUGUGAAAAGCCAUGUGGAAGAUCUGGCCUUACAAGAUCUGUGCACACUUUCCAACAGAAGAGACCUUUGGACAGAGCUCUGAAGGGUAAAUAUGAACAGACAAGAGAGCUUUCUGAACAGAGGCUGUACAAAGGCCACGAAGGGAAGGCAAGCACAUGGCAUGUUUGUAGAGUUAAAAUCUUGAGACCUUGAAAGCAGAGCCAGAGAGCAUGCUGGGACCUGAGAGGAGCUGCAGCCCAUAGAGAUCUGCUGGCAAUGUUAAGGUGUUUGAUCUGGAUCCUGAUUUUUGCAUGAGGUAUUCACUAUCUGUUGACUCAAGUCAGAGGAGCUGUACCAGUUUGACUACCCAUAAGACCUAAGAUCUGAAACAUGAUUUGCCUCUGAGCCAGGAGUAUCAUGAAUUUGAUGCUCACCUGGACUGCAUACUGAAACUAAAAAUUUCUUGACCACCACAACUAAGGAAGAAUAUGAUAGAAGGCCAGUGGGCAUAACUCCUUUAGAACAAAGGAAAUUGACCUUUGAUAGUCAUGCACUGGUGCAGGACUUGGAAACUCAUGGAUUUGGCAAAACACAAGCAGAAACAAUCGUGUCAGUAUUAACUACUUUAUCAAAUGUCAGCCUGGAUACUAUCUAUAAGGAAAUGGUCACUCAAGCUCAACAGGAAAUAACAGUACAGCAGCUAAUGGCUCAUUUGGAUUCCAUCAGAAAAGAUAUGGUUAUCCUAGAGAAGAGUGAAUUUGCAAAUCUGAGAGCAGAGAAUGAGAAAAUGAAAAUUGAAUUAGAUCAAGUUAAACAGCAGCUAAUGCAUGAAACCAGUCGAAUCAGAGCAGAUAAUAAAUUGGACAUCAACCUAGAAAGGAGCAGAGUAAAAGACAUGUUUACAGAUCAAGAAAGGCAACUUAUGGAAGCAACCACCGAAUUUACCAAAAAGGAUACCCAUACCAAAAGUGUUAUUUCAGAGACCAGUAAUAAAAUUGACACAGAAAUUGCUUCUUUAAAAACACUGAUGGAGUCAAACAAACUUGAGACAAUUCGUUAUCUUGCAGCCUCAGUGUUCACAUGCUUGGCUAUAGCACUGGGGUUUUAUAGGUUCUGGAAGACCUACUGAUGCUCCCACUGCUGCUGCCAAUGUCGUAGAACAGUAUACCAGGACUGACCCUUCUAACACUGUCAGCUGCAGCAGACACGACAAAUUAUUCAAAGUACAUCUGGACUAAAGGGGAGUGAUUUGGUUUUUGGCCUUUUUUUUUUUUUUUUUUUUUUCGGUAUGGCUUUAUUAUGUUGAAAACUGUCAUCCAAAGCCUGUUUUGAGCUAUAAAGGCAUUUUUUCCUUAUCCUUUUGAUACUGUAGAAAUUGAAAUAGUUUUCUUAUAUUUGAGUAGCUUUAUAAACAAAGUAGGAUUUAUUAUUGUAAAAUUGAAAACAAUUUAUAGUCCUCAUACUUACUGGAUUUAACUUUCCUGAUUAUUACUGCAGUUGAACUUUUAUAUAAAAUAAAAGGCUAUUAUGGCAAAGUUG